AAUAUUAAAACCUUUGUGGGGGGUUGUGGUUGUGGUAGUGGGGGGAGAGAGAGAGAGAGAGACCCUACGGUAGACUACAGGCUGUACUUUCAGACUCACGCUGCUGUGAGUUGAGCAGUUAGGAGGGUCGACAGGAGGAUACUCAGAAAUAGCUCCCCCCCGACCGACCAAUGCGAUUAUCUGUGGCGGAUACUGACCGGAGGGGCUCUGCGUAAAGAUGAGGAUUCCUCCGGUGUGGGCGCUGGGCGCUUGCCAGACUGGGUGAAGUGAGAACUGAGAGGGAAACCCGCUAAGAUAAAAACACCGCCUGGGACUGCUGAGGAGGACCUCUGUGCAGGUUCACGCGGCCGUCGGCAGGGUGGAGCUUCCUGACCCAUGGAGAAUUACUUCCAGGCCGAGGCCUUCAACCUGGACAAGGUGCUGGACGAGUUUGAGCGGAACGAAGAUGAGACAGACAAUCCAAUUCUCUCAGAUGCCAAGUGGACCCAGAUCCUGGCCCCGCCUGCCCACCUGCUCUCUUUGAACCCCGCCCUGGCCCACGCAGACCUCAGCCCCCGGGAGAGUCCACUGCCCUUUAAGACCCUCCCCGACUCGUCCUCCAGCGCCUCCCCGGGGGGCGACCCUAAAAGGCACCCCGGUCCCGAACCUCCAUCCUGGGUAGAGGAGAGGCCGGCGGACGUCCACAGCCCACCGCUCCCCCAGCCCAACAUCGGCAAACUGGUGGGCACAGACGACACCUCGCCGCCCCCUGUGACGGCCUGUAGUGCUGUGGAGAACGGCUGCCCUGCCAGCCCAGCAAGUCCACAGCUAGAUGGGCUCAGCAAGGAGAUACGUUCUCCUUCAGAUAACCAGCCUACUGGUCCUGACCAGGAGGUGAAACCUCAUCAGGAGGAGAGAGCCACCUCAGCAGGAGGAGGCGGCUCCACUCACACUCACUUUAACUUUGAGGUUGGGUUAGGACAGGAAGAAACUACAUCUCCCAAAAUUCAUCCAAAUGUGGAACCAACAACACAAAAUGGGGAAAGUGUCAAAGAGGAGGUCAUUACAGCUGCUUUACAGGACAAUGGUCAAGAAAAACAAACUGCAAACUUAAAGGAGGAACAAGUAGAAAGUCUCCCAAAUAGGGGGAGAGACGUUCAGGCUGGUUGUGAGGUGGAGGAGAAUGGUGUGUCUCCUCAUGACAAGGUUGGAGUGGAGGAAAACGAGAGGAGGUGUAGUCCAGAGGGACAGAUAGAUCAGCUCCUCAGAAUAACAAGCCUUCCUAAUGGUUUGGAGCAAGAGAACAGUAGCCAUUCCAAGCCUAAGGAGACAGAAGAGAAGGAGGAGGAGGAGGAGGAGGGUUUUUCUCCCUCUCCUGUUCCCUCCAAAGAGGACUCUGUCACUGAGGAGAAAGAAAUGGAGGAAAGCAAGCAGGAGAAUGGCGAAGGAGGAGCAGUGGGGUCAGGUAGCAUCCAACCAAAACUCAACAACAGUCGGCUGCAGCCGGUCAGUGUUCCUUACGGAGGAGCGCGACCAAAGCAGCCGGUCAGCCUCAAGCUCCAGAUCCCACAGCCGCCGUCGGGCCAGGUCCAAAAUCAGCUUGGCCCGGCCGCUGUCAGCAAGAACAAAAACCAGGAGAACCAGUGUCGGAGAGGCACGCCCCCUGAAACUACGCUCAGUGGGACUGAUCAGAGUGCAGUCGGGGUGAACGGUGAUAGUGCUGUCCACUCUGCUCCCCUGAUGCCCUCGGAGAGCCCGGAUAAUGACCUCCAGGCAGGACAACAGGGCGCUCUGUGCAGGAAACCUGCCAGCUCCCUGGGAGAGGUUGCCCCUGUUUGGGUGCCCGACUCCCAGGCUCCUGUCUGUAUGAAAUGUGAUGUCAAGUUCACCUUCACCAAGAGGAGGCACCACUGCAGGGCCUGUGGCAAGGUGUUCUGUGCAACGUGCUGCAGCCUGAAGUGCAGACUCAUGUACAUGGACAGGAAGGAGGCUCGCGUCUGUGUCACCUGUCAUUCUGCUCUGACCAGUGCUCAAUCGUGGGAGACACCGGCCACUGCAAGCAACCAGAGUCCAAACCCCAACAACCCAGCAGAGUACUGCUCCACCAUCCCCCCUCUGCAGCAGGCCCAGGCCUCUGGGGUGCUCAGCUCCCCUCCUCCUACAGUCAUGGUGCCUGUGGGAGUCCUGAAACAGCCUGGCAAUGAGGGGUCCCUGUCACGAGAGCAGAGGAGGGUGUGGUUUGCUGAUGGGGUCCUACCUAACGGAGACACAGCAGAGUCCCCUAAACCUCCGAGCUCCAGCCCAGCCCCCUCUCACUCACUGGCCAUCUCCACGUAUUCAAACAAAUCCUCCACUUCUGAAUCCUCAGAGGCAGCCCAUACCCCAGUUGCCCCGGUGGGCAGCCCCGUGGGCAGCUCCCUCAGCCUGAUCCCGGAGGACGGGCUCCCUCCCAUCCUCAUCUCCACCGGAGUCAAAGGAGGUACGGGAGGCCACAUCACAGACUAUGCAGUGGAGGAGAGGCCGUCAGAGAUCGUCCUCAUGCAGCAGCUCGAGGAGGGAGGCCCAGACCCCCUGGUCUUCGUGCUCAAUGCUAACCUGCUCGCCAUGGUCAAGCUUGUCAACUAUGUAAACAGGAAGUGUUGGUACGUGACGACCAAGGGCAUGCAUGCCGUCGGCCAGGCAGAGGUGGUCAUUCUCCUCCAGUGUCUACCUGACGAGAAGACCAUCCCUAAAGACAUCUUCACCCACUUUGUGCAGCUCUACCAGGAGGCCCUCAGUGGCAACGUGCUGAGCCACCUGAGUCACUCAUUCUUCACGCAGAGCUUCCUGGGCAGUAAGGAGCAUGGCGGCUUCCUCUACAUCAGCCCCUCCUUCCAGUCGCUGCAGGACCUGCUGCUGCCCAACCCGCCCUACCUCUUCGGCAUCCUGAUACAGAAGUGGGAAACGCCCUGGGCCAAGGUCUUCCCCAUCCGCCUCAUGCUGCGGCUGGGCGCAGAGUAUCGAUUUUAUCCGUGUCCGCUGUUCAGUGUUCGCUUCAGAAAACCCCUCUUUGGAGAGACCGGUCACACUAUCAUGAAUCUGCUCGCAGACUUCCGUAACUACCAGUACACGCUACCAGUGGUGAAAGGCCUGGUUGUGGACAUGGAAGUGAGGAAGACGAGCAUUAAGAUCCCCAGUAAUCGUUACAGUGAGCUGAUGAAGGCCAUGAACAAGUCCAACGAACACGUGCUGGCGAUGGGGGCGUGUUUCAACGACCGCGCUGACUCCCACCUGGUGUGCGUCCAAAACGAUGACGGGAACUACCAGACGCAGGCCAUCAGCAUCCAUCACCAGCCUCGCAAAGUUACUGGAGCCUGCUUCUUUGUGUUCAGUGGUGCUUUGAAAGCCUCGUCGGGCUUCUUAGCCAAGACCAGCAUUGUGGAAGACGGUGUGAUGAUCCAGAUCACAGCUGAGACCAUGGACUCUCUACGGCAAGCCCUGAGGGACAUGAAGGACUUCACCGUCACGUGUGGUAAAGCCGACCAGGAGGAGAACCAGGAGCUCGUCCACAUCCAGUGGACGGAGGACGACCACAACUUCAACAAGGGCGUCAUCAGUCCGAUCGAUGGGAAGUCGAUGGAGUCCAUCACCAGCGUCAAGAUCUUCCACGGCUCAGAGUUCAAAGCCAACGGCAAAGUCAUCCGUUGGACUGAGGUGUUUUUCCUCCAGAGUGAAGAUCAACCCAACGGUCUGUGCGACCCGGCCGACCACAGCCGGCUGACGGAGAACGUGGCGAGAGCUUUCUGCAUGGCACUCUGUCCUCACCUGAAGCUGCUGAAGGAGGACGGGAUGGCCAAACUCGGACUGAGGGUCACACUGGACUCCGACCAGGUGGGCUACCUGGCGGGAAGCAACGGCCAGCCCCUCCUCCCUCAGUACCUGAGCGACCUGGACAGCGCUCUGAUCCCCGUCAUCCACAGCGGAGCGUGUCAGCUGAGCGAGGGCCCGGUGGUCAUGGAGCUGGUCUUCUACAUCCUGGAGAUCAUCUCCUAGGAGUCGUUGGAGCUUCAUCUUUUCUUUUUUUAGUGACCUUCUGACAUCAUCUCACGGCCCAGUCCUCCUCCGUCAUCUCCCUUCAACCGUUUGCACUUCGAAAGAGCCCGAAAAAGCUGUGCCGUGCCAGGCGGGGUAGCAUUCCUCAAGUCAAACCUAUGCAUCCAACCACCGUCUGUUCUGCUCCAGAGGCCGCCUGGGGCCUGAGGAAGCUCCGAGCAGGAUCAUCUGUCAGGUGUCCCCACGUAGUGAACCUCACCUGACAGGUGCUCAGAUCUCUGGUGUUCGUCUGAGGUGCUCUGAGCAGGAAGUGAACGCCGGAGGUCUUCCCUGUCUGACCCCAGUGUGGCGUUACAGCGGCUAUAACGAGAACUAACCUGCCUCGGAAAAGUCUUCAGGUUUUAUUGUUUUACAGCAUUGAAUCAAAGUAGAUUUGAUGAGGCUGUUUUUUGACGGGGAUCAACAGAAAACACAGACUGAUCUCUACAAAGUAAAAGUUCGUUAUAAAUAAUAAUAAUAAUAAUAUUAGGACCUAAAUCGUACAUUUUUAUGAAUUGCUUGAAAAUAUAAAGGAGAGGAAAUCAUCAGUCACUUUCAUUUGCCCAAAGAUACUAACCUGAUGCCUUAAUUUACCCAGAAAUCAUAGCAAGUCCUUAUUAUAAUAACAUACUCACCAACUAAACAGCUUUGUGCAAAAGUCAGAAAACAGGCCGUCCACUCGCCGCUCGCUUGCUGCAAUCUGUCCAUCCAUCCUCAGAGGAGGUGAUUACUUCAGUAAUCAGAGCUUUCACAUUUUUAAUUAUUUUAGAUCAAUUUGCAGAGAUCAGUUUCCACUCCAGUGUGUAACAUUUAGGAGGAGCUACUGGGAGAAUAUAAUGUUCAUAGGUGUGUUUUCAUUAGUGUGUCCUCUUGUUGAACCACCGUGUUUCUACGGUAGCCCAGAACGGACAAACCCAAAACUAACUGGCUCUAGAUCGGUGGUUCUUAACCUUUUUGGUGUCUAGAAUCCCAAACUGAUAGACAUCAGACCCGUAUUUGAUGAGAUGUAGUCUCAGGAAUCCCCCGUCUGAUGAGUUAUACCCUAACUGUGUGUACUGUACGUUGGCAGACUAACAGUGAACCCCCUGAAGGACCCCAGGUUGAGAACCGCUGCUUCAGAUGGACCCACUUAGGAACAUGAGGGUGUAAACUUACUUUAAAUCUGCUUUGAUUCAGAGCUGUAGAACAAUACAACGUGAAUAACCUCCAGGAGAGGGUGACAACUGUUGGUAGACGCUGUAUGUAGCUCCUCGGGUUCCUAAUCGCCCGUCACUCCAAUGUCACUGUGGCAGCCGGAGGUCCUGAAGCACUGAAAUAAUAUCUGCAAAGGCCUCCGUGUAGCACGGUUGCUCUUACACAAAGGGAGGCUCAUAUCCACUGCUGGAGAGUCUGGACUCUUCCUCUGAAGUUUAAAAAAAACAAAGGAAAGCUACAAAUCAUCAGAUGAGGAGUUGGAAGCGUCUGUGUGGUGAUUUUUUUUUCUGGGUUUUGGUUUUAGUUGGGUUUUGGGUUUUUUUUUGCACCGUGGUGCUCAGUGCCUGCAGCAGCGACUUCACCGAGCGAGGGGGAAAAAAAACAUCUCGGCUUCACCUCUUUAAGCUUUACUCAUCAAUCACCAGAUGCUUUACUUCACGGACAAAUAACACUGACCUGUCGUGUACAUAUUUUUGUAGGCGUAAAAACUUCUCCUCCAUUAUAACUCUGCAUCUGUAGCCUCCAGAGAUCCCAGUUAAAGACAGUAUUACUGAAGAGACCGUCACGGACUCGACACCCCCCCCAACCACUCGACUGACGCUCUGUGAAAUAAGAUCACGUGUUAACAGUAGACAACUGGUUUGAAGAAGAGAAGAUAAAAAUAAAAAAAAAAAAAAGGUUCCAAUGCUUUAUUGAUAAACUCAAACAAUCUGUACAUAAAGCUGAAACAGCAGAAGAGGGAAGUUUUUAAUCUUCAUCGAUCAUCUUCAUCGGCACUCGUUUGUCCAGCAGUGGUUGGAAAAGCCACGCGAGUUAUUUUGGUCUUUUUAAUCAUACAAAGAGAAUAACUGUUGAAGAUGUAAAGAUAUAUACAUAUAUACAUAUAAACAGUAUAUAUAUAUAUAUAUAUGUGUGUGAAUAUAUAAGACCUGUAUUAAAUUGCAGAAGCAGUGCACUGGAUUCUAAGCCAUUUACAGGAGAGUGACGGCGAGCGUCGGGGCGGCCACUGUGUUCCUGGAAGACGUUUGUAGAGAUCCAGGGUUCCUGCAGAAACUAAGAGUUUGAUCGACCUGAAGCUGAAUGUAUUUCAUCUCACGUCCCCGUCCCCCCCCCACACCGCAACUCAUAUCGUCCCUCCCGAAAGCCCUGAAAUCAUGAACAUCCCGCUCCAGACUUUGCAGACCCGCGUAGGAACCCUGUAGAUCGCCAAUGUGUCGUCUUCAAAGGCCUCAACUGUUUGUGUAUCUAUAAACAGGAUCGCUGCAGCCCCCCUCCCACUGUGCUCUCCUUCGGCAACAUGGACCUGGAAAAUAAAUAUAAGAAUGUAUUCCUCCUGUUUGUGUUCAAACUCUGCAAAGUGUGUUUUUUGUUUUUUUGUUUUUUUGUUUCUGGCUAGACUAAUCACCAAAAACCACCGUGUCCUGUCAUAAAAAUGCUCUGUACAGUAAUCCUUCUGCAUUAUGGAAACUUCUCCAUCUUUUAAUCAUUCUAAUAUUAAAAACCAGAAGGGGCUACACACACACACACACACACACACACACACACACACACACACACACACACACACACACACAGAAAGUACUGUUCCGCACAGUACCGAGAGGUUUUGUUGACGCAUUUUAUCGGAGAAAAACAAUCUCGUCGUCACAAUCAGACAAUCACGUGAAAAAUCUGCAGAAGAGCCGACGCUUCGACGAGUUUAAAUUAGACCCGUAGCUAUUCUGUGUUUGUUUAUUUACUCAAUCUGAAGUAUUUUAGGAGCUACUGUAGCAACGUAAUGUUAGACUGAAUGAGAGGUCAAGGGUCACCAGUUCUGGGUUUUAUUACUGUGAUCAUACCAGAGUUGGUGUAUCUCAAUCACUGUGUCUUCACUGUGUGACGUUCAUCAGCCGCCGUCGGCAGUUCUGUUUUUAUAAAUUAGUGUAACGAAGAGGAGACACGAGGAUUUAUUUUUCUGACUUCCUGUUACAUUUUAUUUUGGCAUUAUCUGAUGUGUGCAAUAUGUCCUCAAUCCAAAAAAAAACAAACAACAACAAAAGAAAGAAAAUAAAGUGAAGAAAAGGUGCAAUUUGUUUGGAAAAGUAGCAUUUUUUUUUUUUUUGUAUUGAGUUGUAAGAUGUUAUUAUCCAAACUAUAAACACUGCAUGCAAACAGAAACAAGCUUGAAAACGGUGACGAGAGCAAAUCAACUUUUGCAUUUUAACGGUUAUAUCUUCUAGUUUGUGGGUGAAACUUUAAAAAAAAAACAAAUAUUCCACUCAUUCAGUUCUUUCAUUGACUGGGUUUUGUUUUUGUUUUUGUUUUUUUUAAUAAACAUUAGUCAAAAAUGUUUGAAAAGCCAAAAACCCUGUACAUCUUUUGUUUUUCUUUACACUACAAAUGUCAAGAAAAGUGGUCUUUAUCAAAAAAAACUGUAGUAUAUGUAAAAUAAAAACUUAUAGAAAAUUGAAA